CUUGUACAGGUCAUUCCCAGCUAACUCAUCCAACUGUGUUUGUGCUCAACUCCCUCUCUCCCAAAGGAACCGGCCUCCACCUGGUCAAUGGACGGCACAGAUGUGAGGGCCGCGUAGAGCUCUAUUAUGAAGGCCGGCUGGGGACGGUUUGUGAUGAUCUCUGGGACCUGGCUGAUGCCCAGGUUGUGUGCAGGCAGCUGGGAUGUGGCCAGGCCAUUGCAGCUCCGGGCAGUGCUUACUUUGGCCAAGGCUCAGGCAGCAUCCUGCUGGACGACGUGCGGUGCCAGGGAAAUGAGCUGGCCUUGCAGCACUGCAGUCACAUUGGAUGGGGGAGACAUAACUGCCACCACUAUGAAGAUGCUGGUGUUGUCUGUUCAGAAUGGAGCUCUACUGCCCCCCCCCCACUGCCUGCAAUGUUGCUGUCAGAGACAAACUCCACAUUAGAAUCCACCACUGUUAACCAGACCAACACAACACCAAUGACAUCCGUUCUGGAUUUGACAACUUCAUGGCCAACAACCACUACACCGACAGAAGGGACUUCCAUAACACCAAUGCCGAGCACACUACUGUUAACAACCAGCUUGUCACAGUCGAGUACCACACUAGAAACGACAACCGCAACACAGCCUAUCACUGCUCUGGAGACAAGUACUGAAGUGCCAACGACCGACAGAACACAAAGCACGACAAGGACAACAACUGCAGUGUUGGGGACGAGCUUGCCCAUGGAUAUCAGCAGAGCAGGAACCGGCCUCCACCUGGUCAAUGGACGGCACAGAUGUGAGGGCCGCGUAGAGCUCUAUUAUGAAGGCCGGCUGGGGACGGUUUGUGAUGAUCUCUGGGACCUGGCUGAUGCCCAGGUUGUGUGCAGGCAGCUGGGAUGUGGCCAGGCCAUUGCAGCUCCGGGCAGUGCUUACUUUGGCCAAGGCUCAGGCAGCAUCCUGCUGGACGACGUGCGGUGCCAGGGAAAUGAGCUGGCCUUGCAGCACUGCAGUCACAUUGGAUGGGGGAGUCACAACUGCCGCCACCAUGAG